CAUUCAACACACGGACAACACAAUCUACAUACUAGUAUGCUGGGUCGUCUCGUCAAGCAGUACAAUGCGCUCGAGCACAACGUGCGCUUAACGUACUUGUACACGGCAUUGUUCUGGUCGUCGCGCAAUAUUAUCUUGGGCCAAAUGUUGGCUGGCUACAUCUACGUCUUGACCGGAUCGAACGAGCCCGUGGGCAUGGUCACGGGUAUCAACGGCCUCGUGCGCAUGCUUGUGACGUUUCCCGCGGGCUACGCGUCAGAUCGGUUCCGCCGCGACAUUGUGCUCAAGUUUGCCGCUGUGUUGGGCUUGAUUUGUGCCGCCAUGAGUCUGUCGGCAUAUGUAUCGGGCCAUAUCCUGGUGCUAUACGUGGCGUACGCGUGCUGGGGUGGGUACUUUGCAAUUCAGGACCCCGCGACCGAAGCCCUCUUCGCCGACUCCAUCCCCAACGGCCAGCGCGAAGGCCCGAUGACCACCAGGUACAUUUUGAUGAGUGUCGCCGGCACCCUUGGCCCCAUCGCUAGCAUUGUGUUCUUCUACAUCUACGGCGACUCGUGGUCCCUUUCCGGCCUUCAAAUCGUCUUGUGCGGCGGCAUGAUUGUGGGUAUUCCUGGUAUCGCGGUGCUCUUUUUCUUCAACGACGACCUCGCGUACGAAAACAACCGACGAGCCAACAACCGGCUGUCGAUCAUCGAAGAUGGCGAAUUGUCCGACCUAGAUGUGACACCGCGGGGCAAAGAGCGGACGUUGUUGUUGCAAAACGAUACGGACGAUGAACCACCAGAAUUAUGGGAAACCGCCAACACAUUUUACUGCCUCGGUCCACGCCACAUUCCCUUCAUCUUGUUCGUGACCGACUUUAUCAUGUACAACGGCGCCGGCCUGUCGAUCAGCUUUUUUCCGCUGUUUUUUCAAAACGUAUACGGCCUAACGCCUUCGCAAGUGAACCUGCUCUUUGUGAUCCAACCCGCUUUGGUUGUGUUGCUCACGUCCCUAACCAAGCGAUUCUCGGCGCGGCUUGGCGACAUUGAAACCGUGAUUGGAACGCGUGUUUUGGCAUCGAUCGUGUUGUUUUCGAUCUCGUACGCCGAGCCAUUGUGGCUCGAAAUCACAUUGUACUUGACGCGGACUGCCUUCAUGCGAUGCUCGGGACCGCUUCGUGGAUCGAUUCUCAUGGAUCACGUGCCGAAAGCGUGGCGAGGACGGUGGAAUGCCCUGGAAGGCCUGACGAUGUUUUGCUACUCCGGGAGCGCCAUGGCCGGCGGCUUCUUGAUCGAGCGAUACGGCUACCGGUUCUGCUUCUUCGUCACGUCGCUCAUCUUUUUAGCGGGGCUUAUGCUGGAACUCCUGCUCUUGCCCAUCAUUCGCAACGAACGCAAGCUCAAAAUCACCAGUGUCGUCAAGUUGGCGUCAGGGCAGUAGCUGACACGAGUAUGUACAGUAGUAGUUAGUAUAUAGUGUGCUUGGUUGGUAGUGCCUCUAGAAUACAAUUACACAGUUAAGUUGGACGAAUGCCCGAUUGUAUUUGGCCGUGCGCCCGGUAUAUUUGGCGGUGUGCCCGAUAU